UAUCGCACCUCCCUCUACCAGCUUUGUAAUCUCUGUUCCUUUCUCUCUCUACCCUUUCUCUCUCUGUCUCUAAUCUCUGUUCAUUUCUCUCUCUACAUUUUCUCUCUCUAAACUCUAAACUGCACAUUCAUUACAUGCAAAUCAAUACUUUUUGUUCUCUCUAUAGUCUGAAUAGUAUAAUAGUUCAACAUUCAUUGCGACGAAUCAAACGCUCGUGUAGUAUAGGAUUUAAGAGCAUUUACAGCCAUUGAUACGAUCAGCAACAAUGGCAAAAUGGUUCCUAAUUAGGAGAAGAAUGAGCACAUUGUGUGUGAAUCAAUGGUCGUCGUUGUGAUUUCAAUGGCAGAAUGAUCAAAUCUGUUAGUAGCGUAUUAGGGUUGUGAUAAUUUAGUAUGUCUGAUUUGGUGGCCCGCACGGGUCGGCAUCAACAGCGGUACGAGGACGGUUAUCGCCUUGUCGCAGGGUGCAUUCCAUUUAGGUAUAGAGAAUCUGAUGAAGGUAGUGAUGUGAAGUCGGAGAGGAUAGUUGAGGUGCUUAUGAUCAGCUCACCUAGUGGACCAGGUCUCUUGUUUCCAAAGGGUGGCUGGGAGAAUGAUGAAACUGUUGAGGACGCAGCAAAAAGAGAAGCUAUUGAAGAAGCUGGAGUUCGCGGGGACUUAAUAGGAUUCCUGGGAUUUUAUCACUUCAGGAGCAAAACCCACCAAGAUGAAUUCAGCCCAGAAGGUUUAUGCAGAGCUUCAAUGUAUGCUUUGCACGUAAAGGAGGAGCUUGAUUCAUGGCCUGAACAAAACAUCCGAAGCAGAAAUUGGCUACCCAUAGCAGAUGCACUUGAGAAAUGCCGGUAUCCAUGGAUGAGGAGUGCUCUGUUAGAAGGCUUCUCUAAGUGGCAUGAGGAAAAAAUGAGUAGAGAGGAAAACCUUCCGGUUCAAGAUUGAUUUAGCGACUGUGCAUAAGCACCUUAGUUCACAGUUCAAGUGUAUACCAACUAGCUAGUAUCUGUCUCGGGACAGUUUUUCUUUUAAUCAAUUGUGGAGUGACAUAGCAUAUCUAUUGUUCCAAUUGUUGAGUCUAAUUCCUUGCACAAACUUUUUCUAAUUCGUUCUUGUAUUGGAGUUUUCUUGAUGACCUCGCUGACUCAUGUAUUUUUGUUGAGAGAGGAAAACAAAUACAAUGUUACAAUUGACUCACCAUUGUCAUGCCUUUCCUCGAAGAUCAGUGUAUUUAUAGAAAAUAUAUCGAACACCAAUUUCUGAAUUUCUAGAACACGCAUGUGUAGAAAGUAUAAACAUUUUUUUAUCUUUUUAUUUUGUUUAUUGUAAACAGAUAAGACAGGAUUUAAAACAUUUACAAGUGGAUUGUUAUCUACGUUUCAAUUAGUUAAUGUAAGAAAUAGAAAUUGGAAGAAACAGAUUAGUUACUGGAAGAGACGUUUUGGUGACUUUGAUUCUGCUUGAUAACAAGAACAGACCAAAGGAAUUAAUAGAACUGAAGAAAAAAAAAAAAAAAUUUAAUAAA